AUGGCGAAGCUCGAUCAGGACAAAACCUGUCAUCUCCACCAUGCGGCAGAUGUUACUAGAGCUUUGAUUGAAGGCCUCGUAAAGAUGGACCAGGUGCAUGCCUGCCGCGGCCAAGUUACCGCAGCCAAUCUAGAUCAAACACGUUCAUGGACAGUACGGAUUCAAGAUACGGACUCUCUGAAUGAAAUGGAAGUCAUGACGCCCCGAUUGAUUCUCUGCACCGGGUCGUCUCCGACAAAAACUCCUAUUCCAGUUGAUGCACACGGCAUUCAGAGACUCGACCUAGACGUAGUGCUGAAACCAAGCGAGCUAGCUUCAGCCCUUCCUCAGAACCAGCCAACGACCGUCGCAGUAGUGGGCGCAUCUCACAGCGCCGUCCUAGCCCUACUCAAUCUCUACGACUUGGCUCGUACUUCUCACUCACAUCUCCGCAUCAAGUGGUUCACCCGCCAUCCUCUUCGGUAUGCCGAGUACAUGGACGGCUGGAUCCUUCGCGACAACACAGGUCUCAAGGGCCGUGCUGCCGACUUUGCCCGCCAACAGCUAGAAGACAGUGUGCUGCCGACAUCAGAAGCAGGCCGAUACAUCACCAAGAUUGACUGCGCCGGUGGCCAGAGUAAGGAAACAGCGCAAUAUCAACGCCAUCUCCCUUCCUGCACACACAUCACCCAGGCUAUCGGGUACACCCGUGAUCCGCUUCCGGAGCUUUCGAUCAACAGAUCCCCACUUUCUCCAGAUGACCUCCAGUGGGAUUCGAGCUUCGGUGGCUUCACGGACCGCCACGGCCGAGUUAUCCCCGGCCUGCAUGGUGCGGGCAUCGCGUUCCCUGAGCGUGUCGUCGACCCUUACGGUAAUGUAGAGCAUGCUGUGGGGUUCUUCAAGUUCAUGAAAUUCCUUAAACGUGUUACUCCGCAGUGGGCUGCUACGGCAUAAGUCCUUCCCUGGUCUCCUCGUUUCUGGUCUUCUGUUUUUGCAAGUGAGCGUCUCAUUCAGCACAAGCCAAGUCGGAGAUCUAUGGCUGGUCCGUCAUCGUGUCUAACCUACUUAAUGUCCACUCUAAUUUGUUAUCGUUAUACUGGCAUCGCCGCUGGAUAGGCGAUGAUCUACAAAGAGAGCGCGAAUACAGUUGUCGUUAUCCACU